AUGCCAUCUUGCGAGCUGAUUACAGACCCUGCCAGAUUCACACAGCUGAUGUUCAGUGACCAUUAUGACGGACGCCAGUUUUGUUUCAUCUCUGAUGAUGUUGCAAUGGUUCAGUGGUGUCACGCUGAUGGUAGAGGGUCGCAGGUGAAGGAUGUGAAUGUCUUUGUCGGUGCUAUGACUACGGCCUAUGCGAGGCUCACUCUGUAUGACUUGUUAGACAAGCUGCAGGAACGCAUUCUUUACUGCGACACAGAUUCAGUUAUCUUCACCUCUCAUCCCGGGCAGUGGGUACCCCCUUUAGGACCAUACCUCGGUGAGCUGACUGAUGAGCUCAAUGAUGGCGGGUCUGGAGAGGAUGAUCACAUUACUGAGUUUGUCUCUGGAGGUCCAAAAUGCUAUGCUUAUUACACAAAACAGGGCAAGACUCAGACUGGCCGAAUAUCAGCUGAUGUCUUCAGCAAAAGUUUCUUGGAGUGGAGUGCUGUAAAGUGUGAGGUGGACAGGAUGUGCAAGGAGCCAUGCUUUAGCUGCCCUGCCUGCACUCCAGACAUGCUCGCCGUGUCAGUUGAUGGAAACCGCAAGCUUUAUCGCUUUCAAUCAAAUGCAAGCACUUCAGAGCAGGGGAACUUUGAAGGUGUCUUCAUUGAGAAAGAUGAGGAAGUUGCUGAGUUUGUGAAAUACAUCCAGAGACACACAAAUGAUAUCAAAUGGGGAGGUGCGUUUCAGGAUGGGGCCGGUUCUACAGUUGGAGAAGAGGUGGAACAAGUAAACAGUUUCCUGUCUAGGGCGGCCAUCACAACGAAGUACAUGUCUAAAGCAGGGCGAACAGACAUGCUGAGCCUCCUGGCUUUGGGCUGGAACAAAAGGAAAGUGGAACAACUGGGCCGCACUUUGAGCCAGAGAUAUCUAAAGAUCAUAAGGAUCCUUAGAGAACAAGUGGAGAGCCUGAAUGCGAGCAGAAAUGAGCUGGGUGUGGAUGACGACACACUGCAGCAAUGGGCUGAAGGUGAGUCUCAAUAUAAUGCACUCGUGUAUAACAACAGGACCCACCAUGGCCUCAUUAAUGAAGAUUUCAAAGGCCUUAGUGCAGGGGUAGGGAACGUCUAA